GCGGCAAAAAUGGCGCGUUUGGUGUUCUCCGAUAAAGAUCACGAUGCCUACGAUCCCAAGAAGUACAAAGUUGUGCACAAGAAUCACUGGCGACAGGUUAGCCUGCUGUUGCAGCCCUCGCAUAAGAAAUGGUGGGAGGAUCCCGAUGUCAUUGUUGCUUUCAAUUUGCCGCGCAUUAGCGCCCGACUGGAGCGCCUGAUGGGCACCAAUGUGGUCAAGCUGACGGAUCGCGCGUACAUGAAGGAGCUGCGGGAGCGCAUCGACGAGGAUUACCGCAAACAGUUGCUGUCCCGCAUCCGGGCCCGUGAGAUGAAAGAAGUGGAGCGGGAACGCAUGCUUAUUAUAGAGGGUAAAUCGGAUGUGAUACCAGACGAACUGGCCGACGAUCCCAUAUUCAUGGUCAACAAAGAUGCCAACUUGGAAAUACAGAAGGAGCGCUCCAAGUUGAAAACAAGUCGGGAGAAGAAUGCGGAGCGUCUGAAGCUGCAGGGCGUGAAAUGGGAGCGGGAGCGACUCCAGCACGCUGCCCAGGAAGCCGAGCUGCUGGCGAAGAAACGGGAGAGGCAGCGCGCCCAAAAGCUGCUGGUCGAACAGUACCGUACGGAGGAUGCCGAACGCGGCAUGGACCUGUUGCGCAUUGAGAACGAGGAUUGGCGCGACUGCGAGCAGAGCCUGAAGGAGUUCCUGGAGAUGGAGCGUGCCAAAAUGAAGGAGCGUUCGCUGCGCGUUCCCCAGCCCUUCUCCUCGGAUCCAUUGGACAUACAGAAUAUAGUGAAAGCCAGACAAAAGUUCCGCGAAACUGAGCUGCGCAUACGCAAUCAGCUGGAGGGUAAACUAAAGGACCCCAGCACCCCGAUUACGGCCAGGCAGUUGAAUGAAUUUAUGGAGGAUGCACACCGAGCCAGCAUUGAGAUGAUGCGCGAGACAUCGAUGGACUCGGUCCAUGAUGCGCUGCCGAGAAAAUUCCUGGACGAUGCCACCGAUGUCUCCGACGAAACGAUUGUCAGCGAGGCUGCCAUCAGCCUGACACUGGCCAAGCAGCAGUAUGCCGAGGAGCUGGAAACCGAAAUGGAGGAUGAGUUCAAUCGAGGACUGCUCAUCUCCAAGCAGCAGUACGAUCAGCUGCGCUUUGAGGAUGAGAAAAUUGUGGCGCUACGCAAUGCCAAGGACAUUCGUGAACUCUAUUUACUGGCUGAAGAGAUCAUCAUGGGCGACAUCAUUGAGGAGGUCGAAGAGGGCGAAGAGGAGGCUGGCGAGGAGCAAGAGGCCGAAAUACCCAGCUCCGAUCACGAGCAGGAGGCCAAGCCGGCCUAAAGUAUUAUUAUUUUCAUUUGUUUAUCAUCGUUGGAGCAGCGAGAAUCUGUCUGUGUUGUCUCCUGCUUUACUUUCCACAAACAACAAAAAGUUCUACAAAGUU